UCCAAAACCAGCGUCCCAAAAAAACCCUAGUUUUCCAUUUUCGGUUUUCCAAAAGCCAAAACUGCACAAAAUUAAACCCUAAUUUUCAAUUUCUUCCUUCAAAUUUGAGAAAUCUGCUUAUUUCGAACGAGAAAAGAUAGCAAAGACAGAGAACACCUUGGAUUUCUAUUUUGUUUUUUUGAACUUUCCCUAUAUUUCCAUUUCCUCGCUUCAAAACCCUGGUUUUUUGGAACUAGAGAUGAAAUCUUGGACAGGGAAACCCUAGUUCAUUUCCCUUACUCAAAUCCCUGGUCUUGCAGAAAAUCAGUCGAAGAAAACCCUAGAUUUCCAUUUCCUUCUUCAAGAUCGGUCCUUUUGGAAACCCUCAAUAGAUGACACUUUAAUCUGGCAUUUCGUUGCAUCAAAAGCCUGAUUUUGCAGAGAACAAGUGCAAAAAUUACAAAGCCCUCUUGCCAGCCCUGCCCCCUUUUGCAUCCUUGGAUCUAAAAGACUGAUUUUUCAAAACUAGUAGAAAUUCUUGAAAAUGGCGUCUAAUUAUAGGGUCAAAGAGAGAGGAGGCGGUGGUGGAAAGGUAAUGGCAGGCGCUCCUCCUCCUUCUCCUCCAAUUCGAUGCUUAAAACCGCUGAAAUCAGUGACUGAAACUGCUUUCAAAGAGAACAUCUCCUGCAAAGUCGCUGGAAAAUCAGCUGGAAAACCUUUCAAAAGCUCAUUUGCAAACCAGUCAGAAGCUCUCAAGGAUCCUAAGGUCAAGAUUCAGGGUUUGGGUCCCAAAUCUGGAGAAAGUGUUCUCAGAUGGUCGACUUCUUCAUUGUCCAAAGGUAUCAAAACUAACCCUAGGCCCUCUUCUUUUCCACGCAUGGUUUCUGGUAUACAAAACGAGCGCAUUUGUAGGGUUUCUGAUGUUUGUGGAAAUCCUAAUGCUGCAAAAACACUUGCAAAGGAAACUCUAAUUUGCUCAGAUCGUAUGGUGAAACCCCUGAAAACCACUCCUUUGCAAAAAGUUGGCAAAAAUCCUCGUAUGUUGCAUCCAACAGCCAAAGAAUCUGGUUCCAAUAAGUUGGGAAAAUCUCUAGAAAAUCCUGUAUCUGUUAGUGGAAACCAUAAAUUUAUGAAUUUGUUAGAGAAAGGAGUCCCAUAUUCUUCAGAUCACUCAGAAAAUGCUCAACAAACACUCUGGAUUGAAGAAGGUGGCAAAAACUUAAAAUUUAUUGACCAAGUAGCUGAAGAAGUUGUAACUAGUUCAGAUCCUUCAGUGAAAUCCAUGGAAAUCCCCGCCUUAGCUGAGGACAAUAGAAACCCAAACUUUGUUAAGUUGGCUGCAAAAGAAACCAAAAUUGAUCAAGGCAAUUCUGUAACAACUAUAAUCAAUCAAUUGGUAGCUGAAGUUAAUGGGGACCCAAAGUUUGUUACGCAUUCUGAAAAUGCUAAUGGGAAUGCUGAUAUUUGUUCAAAAGAAGAAGCGUUUGUUGGUAAAGAAUUGGGUGUUGGGAAUACUUGCAGGAAUCCAAGUAAGCUUCAUGAAAAGCUUGCUUCGUUGGAAUCUAGGGUCAAGAGAAUUGCAAAUGAUAUCAAACGAACAAAGGUGAUGCUGGAUACAAACAACCCUGAAUCAUCAAAAUCCAUACUUUCAGAGAUACAAGACAAGAUUUCAGGGAUUGAGAAGGCCAUGGGAAGUGCACUUGAGGAAAAAUGUAAAUUGGGUCUCCCUGAUAAAGAACUUGGAAAACAAAUAGAGGGGAGAUUUGAUAAAGAAUUUGGUGAACAGUUGAAUUGCACUAGAAAUCCUGAAACAUUGAACGGAGAGGCAGAGGCAGGUGAGGUUCAUAAGCAAUCCAUGAAUAUUGAAAAGAAGAGUGAGAGCGGAUUGUUGAUGGACAGAACUCUUGGGGUGCUUAAAUAUGGCUUUUCUGGUGCUACAAAGAAGACAGUGAACAGGUUUAACAGUGAGGAAUUGGAAGAGAGACUUUUCCCCCACCAUAAAUUACUGAGAAAACGCCCAUCCUUGGGUAAUUUAAAUGUAAAGGAUGGGGUUCAAAAACACAGUUUGAAACCCAUGCUUGCGAGUUCUAAUAUUGAUUCAGGGCAUAAUGAUGAAUUGGUUUUACCUAUAGAUGAGAAUCCAAUAGCAUUGGAGUUUUUGGCAUCUUUGAACCAAGAGAGUCGAAGGAAUUUGGAGGUAAAGACAGAUGCAAAAUCUAUCAUUGAAAUGGAAUCAGCUAUUUGUUCUGAUCCCAAAGACAAAGAAAGGACUGACAAAGCAGAGAUUUCUAGGAAAGGAUUGGACCAGAAGAAUGAAGUGAACCUUAUGUGUGAUGAGAAUUAUGAGUUUGAUGAUCAGGAGAACAGGGCUGGAAUAUUUUUACAGGAAGACACUGAUGAUUCAUGUGUGGAUAUGCUGCAACAAAUAGGGUCAAAACCUUCAACAGGUGGAUGGUUUGUCAGUGACGGUGAAUCAGUCUUGCUAGCGCACGAUGAUAGCUCAUGCUCUUUCUAUGAUAUUGCAAAUUCGGAGGAAAAAGCUGAGUAUAAACCGCCAUAUGGGGCAUCCAAAAACUUGUGGGCGGAUUGUUGGUUGAUUCGAACUACUGGGUCUGAUGGUUGCUCUGGGAGAUAUGUGGUGGCAGCUUCAGCCGGGAAUGCAUUGGAUUCGGGCUUUUGCUCAUGGGAUUUUUAUACAAAAGAGAUUCAGGCUUUUCGAGUUGAGUGUGAACCCCACCCCUCUUCUUCAACAAGGGUUUUUGCUCCCUCCAACAGAGGUCUCUACAGAAGAAAUACUUUGUCUGCGGUUAUAGCCCCUGAGAAUCCAAGUUGGUGGUACAAGCCUUGCGGACCACUUUUGGUGUCUGGUGCUAGUCUUCAGAGGACGGUGACCAUAUAUGACAUUCGUGAUGGAGAUUUGGUUAUGAGGUGGGAUACUCCAAAGCCGGUGAUGGGGAUGGAGACGUCGAGCCCUUUGCAAUUCAGAAACAAAGGAAAGGUGGUUAUAGCUGAAUCUGAAGCGAUUAGUGUUUGGGAUAUUAAUUCUCUUAACCCACAACCUCUCCAGUCUGUUUCUUUCUCUGGUAGAAGAGUUUCUGCCCUUCAUGUGCACAACACUGAUGGUGAAUGUGGUGGUGGAGUUCGCCAGAGAGUAAGUUCCUCUGAGGCAGAAGGGAAUGAUGGUGUCUCGUGCACUCAAGAUUCUAUUCAAGUUUUUGACUUCCGUGUUCCAUCAGGCAUAGGCUUGAAAAUACCAAAGCUUGGGGUUAAUGGCCAGUCUAUUUAUGCUCGUGAGGACUCAAUCUUUUUGGGUUGCAUCAAUUCAAGAUUGCCAUCCAAGUCUUCUCCAUGCUCUCGGGUUCAGCAAUUCUCACUUCGAAAGGGGAAGUUAGUCUGCACCUAUGCUCUUCCAGUGCCGAAUGCUCAUUUUCAACAUUCUUCCAUAACUCAAGUUUGGGGUUCUUCCUGCCUUGUUAUGGGAGUGAGUGGGCAAGGACUGUUUGUAUUUGACGUAUUUAAGGAUGAGGGUUUGCAAGAUGCAUUUACUGAUCGUGCAAAUAAUGGUAAUGUUAGAGAAGUCAUUGGCUCUGAUGACUUAUACAAUCCCUCCUUCGAUUAUGCGGCAUCAAGGGUUUUGCUUAUAUCAAGAGAUCGUCCUGCGCUUUGGAGGUACUUGACGUAGUGUCCUUUUGGUUGAGGCAAUCUUUGUCUGUAAAUUUAUGCCAUUUUCCUUAAUUUUCUUUUUUGGGUGGGUUUCAUAUGGAAUCCCUAUCUAUUUUGAUGCAUUCUACUGGUAUUUUCAAGUCGAGGAAUGUGAUUCCUAUAACUGUUAUAUGAACUUAGUGGUAUAUGCAUGUUAUUGGUGUUGCUGAAAUUAUAUAAGCUUUAAGGUCUGAAGCUUCUCGAGUA